UCGAAAGCUCCAGGUUUGAGCCGGGGAAGCGGCCGCAGAGGCUGCCUCGCCCCGCCGCCCGCCAGGCCCGGGCCGCCGACCGCGGCCUGACCAUGAGCGUCCCCGACUACAUGCAGUGCGCCGAGGACCACCAGACCCUGCUGGUGGUGGUGCAGCCGGUGGGGGUGGUCUCGGAGGAGAACUUCUUCCGCAUCUACCGCAGGGUCUGCUCGGUGGGCCAGGUCAGCGUGCGCGACUCGCAGCGGCAGCUCUACAUCCGCUACCGGCACCACUACCCGCCCGAGAACAACGAGUGGGGCGACUUCCAGGCGCACCGCAAGGUGGUGGGGCUCAUCACCGUCACCGACUGCGCCUCGGCCCGGGGCUGGCCGCAGACCCUGGAGAAGUUCCAGGUGCAGAAGGAGCUGUACGGCGCCACGCUCUACGACUCGCGCCUCCUGGUCUUCGGGCUGCCGGCCGGCGAGGUGGAGCCCCCGCGCACCGACGUGGCCUUCUACCCCAGCUACGACGACUGCGCCUCGGUGGAGCGGCGCGUGGAGGACUUCAUCGAGUCGCUCUUCAUCGUGCUGGAGUCCAAGCGCCUGGACAGGGCCGCCGACAAGUCCGGCGACAAGAUCCCCCUCCUCUGUGUCCCCUUUGAGAAAAAGGACUUUGUGGGCCUGGACACCGACAGCAGACACUACAAGAAGCGCUGCCAGGGCCGCAUGCGGAAGCACGUGGGGGACCUGUGCCUGCAGGCGGGCAUGCUGCAGGACGCGCUGGUGCACUACCACAUGGCGGUGGAGCUGCUGCGCGCCGUCAACGACUUCCUGUGGCUGGGAGCUGCCCUGGAGGGGCUGUGCUCCGCCUCUGUCAUCCUCCACUACCCCGGCGGCACGGGCGGCCCGGCUGGCGGCCGGAGGCUCCAGGCGGUGCCUGCCGAGGCAGCCAACAGACACCGGCCAGGGGCGCAGGAGGUUCUCAUUGACCCAGGCGCCCUCACCACCAACGGCAUCAACGCGGACACCAGCGCCGAGAUUGGCCGGGCAAAGAACUGCCUCAGCCCCGAGGACAUCAUCGACAGAUACAAGGAGGCCAUUUCCUACUACAGCAAGUACAAGAACGCCGGCGUGAUCGAGCUGGAGGCCUGCAUCAAAGCCGUGCGCGUCCUGGCCAUCCAGAAGCGGAGCAUGGAGGCGUCGGAGUUCCUGCAGAACGCCGUCUACAUUAACCUGCGGCAGUCCUUGUCCGACCCUGACCCUUGUCCUGCAGGAGUGUGGCUUCGCGUGAGCCGCCCAUCUCGUGUGCGUCAAACCCGUAUUGGCCCCUCACUUGAACUGGCCUCGGUGUCCGGGCCGCCUCUGGACCUGCCGUCCCUGUCAGUGUCUGUCGGACUGCUGGCUGCUCGCCUGGCCCCGGAGGCCUGCCAGCGUGGCGUCCGCGGACAGCUCCCGGUCCUCUCCGGACGUCUCUGGCCCUGGACAGAGAAGAAGGACGUGACCCAGAGCCUGGAGAACUACACCACCAAGUGUCCCGGGACCAUGGAGCUCAUCAGCCUCCCGGACGGCCUCAGCCUGCCCCCCGUGCCCUUCACCAAGCUCCCCGUCGUCAGACCCCACCCCGUGCGCAGUGCUUCAGAGGAGGCCGAGCGUGCCGCGGGCUCCGCGCCUUGGUCCAGGCUUCACGGCCUGCUCGACGCGCCUCUGCCUCGCUUCUCUGCGGCUCAUACUCAGCCACCCUUCCGCUCGUCGGGAGGCGUCUCCCAGAAGGCCUGUCCCGAGGCCGCCCGGCCAACUGAGGGCGCCAAGGCUCGCUUUGCAGGGGUGUCCGGAGGAGCCCCCCACUCUGUGCGGCGGGAAGGAGCUGUGGACCAGCUCUCCAAGCUCACCCUGACCCUCCAGGGCAAAGCCAGCCCCGCCCACGCGGCUUCUCUCCGGCCCUGUCAGAGCUGUGCGUCAGCCGCCUCCGGGGCUGCCCGGCGGGAGGGCCGGGCUGCUGGGAAACGUGCUCACCUGAGCCGCGGGCUCGAGACCCAGCGGGCCACCGGCCGUUACCACACCACGGUCUUUGGCGUCUUCAGCGACUGCUUGCUGGACAACCUCCCGGGGGUGAAGACCAGCGGCUCCACUGUGGAGGUCAUCCCGGCCCUGCCCAGGCUCCAGCUCAGCACGUCUCUGCCCAGGUCUGCGCACGCACUGCAGCCUUCCUCGGGGGACGAAAUACCCACUAACGUGUCCGUGCAGCUGUACAACGGAGAGACGCAGCAGCUUGUCAUUAAGUUGGAAAAUAUUGGCAUGGAACCUUUGGAGAAGCUGGAAGUCACCUCCAAGAUUCUCACUACCAAAGAAAAGCUGUGUGGCGACUUCCUGAGCUGGCAGCUGGAAGAGGCCCUCGCCCAGUUCCCUCUGCAGCCCGGGGAGGUGGCCACCUUCACCGUCAGCAUCAAGGCGAAGCUGGACUUCUCCUGCCAGGAGGGCCUGCUGCAGGACCUCUGUGACGACGGCGUCAGCGUGAGUGGGUUCCCCCUGUGCAGCCCCCUGCGACAGGCCGUGCGGCCCCGUGCGGAGAGCAGACCCGGGAACCCGGCCGAGGGCAGCAGGCCGGGCGACGCGAGCCCGGUGAAGACCCUGGCAGCGGUCCUGAACUUCAAGUACUCCGGCGGCCCGGGCCACGUGGAGGGCUACUUCCGGAGCCUGUCGCUGGGGCUGCACGUGCAGGUGGCGCCGUCCAUCUUCUUCACCCGCAUCAGCACCCUGCCCGCCACCAGCACCCGGCAGUGCCACCUGCUGCUGGACGUCUUCAACUCCACGGACCACGAGCUGGCAGUGACCGCCCGGAGCAACGAGGGGCUCACCCUGCGCGCCAGCGAGUGCCAGAGAAUGGCGAUUCAAGUGGACAAGUUCAACUUUGAGAAUGUGCCCGAGUCCCCCGGGGAGGAGGGACAGUUCGCAAACCCAAAGCAGCUGGAGGCGGCGCGGCAGGAGGCGCAGGGCCUGGAGACCAGCAGGCGGCUGGGGCUCCGCUGGACCAUCAUACACCACGGAGAGCUCCGGGAGGUGGCCCAGGCUGACGGGCGUGCCCACGUCUGGCUCCAGGCGUCCUGUGGGGAGCUGAUGGCAUGCGAUGCUGACAGUGACAUGUGGGAGAGCAAGGUGCCAGGCCCGAUGGCCUCGGUCCCUCCGCUCCUGGCUGGGUCUGAGCCUGCAAGAGCCAGCUGCCGGCCACACCCCCAGCGUCCACCACAGUCCCUGCUGGCGCUGAGUCGGUGGCUGUGGGCUGAACGGGAGGGGGUGUACCGGCAGAUCUGGCUCUCGGAGAGCAGAGGUGCGGCUGCGUCGUGUCUGUCCCCAGCCGAGACCGUGUGGGGUUCGGAGCAGGUGCGCCCAGGGGACUUAGACGAGAAGUGGCGAGUGCACGCGGGGGUGAUGCUGACGCUGGAUGAACAGAUGUGCGCACCCAUCCCUGCCCCCUGCCCCCCGCCCCCCGCCAAGGGUGUGGCAAGAGGGGUCUCCAGCUGGCGCGAGGACUGGAUAACCUGA